UCACCGCUCGACCAGCUUCGAGCUCAAAUGUAGAAGUGUUGAUAUUAAGGAGUUUACGGAAGUGUUUAAACAGACCCAGGAACAGGCCCGUGGGUUUCUGUUAGUAGUAGACAUGCCGACAGUGGACUGUCUUCAAUGAGUUCCGUCUCUGGCAGCGGUAACAUGGCUCCGGUUCGGUUCGGGUCCUGGGUUUGCUUGUCCGUCUUUUGUGUUGUUGUUGUUGUUGUGACUGAAGCCGCGGGCAGACCGAGGCGGAGGAUGACACUGAGCGAAGACGACCUGCCCUGGACACCCCGUAAUGGUACCUUCACUUUGACCGCCCGGAAAGCCCCCUUUAGUCUGGGAUCCCCCGCCGCGGCGGGGCCGGCGCCAGGUGACCUUGCUGACGCCUUCAGGGUCCCGACUCUGAACGGGCAGUUUGUGUACAAGCCUGGUGGUCUCCAAGGGUCUCUGGUCAUUCACGCCUUCACUAACAAGUCUGGGUUUCUGGAGUGUCUGUGGAGCUCUCAGGAGUCUCUGUCCGGUCUGGUCCAGGGGCUCCCGGACAGCGCUCAGGUCUUGUUCCUGUCUCUGGAUGACUCUGCGGUUCAGGAUGCCCAGUGGAUGAGAGACCAGGUCCAGCGAGCCGCCAUGCACAGUAAGAAGGAGGUUCUGUCACGGCUGCACUUCUCUCCUGUUCCAGUUUUUGCUUUGGGAAACUGGAUCCCCAACGUGCUGUACUACUGGGGCUGCAUGGGACACAACUGUGGCCUGUCUCAGGCUGUUUUCACCUCUGAUGGAUGGAAAAUGCCUGUGAUCAUCAAAAGACUAGAUGCAAGAUAUGACUGGCUGAUUGGCCGCUGGGGUCAGGGGUCAUAUAAGCUGAUAGAUGCUGGAAAUGGCUGUAACCCGUCCCCCACAGUCGCGGGUGCUGUCGCCUGGGUGUCUGAGGAUGGAUGCUCUUUCUUCACCAAGGUGCAGAGUAUGGCCAAAUCCACUGCCCUUGGUGUCCUUGUGUAUGCACUGCCUGGUAAUCCCAUCCAGGACAUGAACUGUGUUGGAGAUGAAUGUUCCGUCCCUCUGAGUAUUCCUGCUGCCAUGGUGCAUCUGGAGACUUCAGUCGCUGAGGCACUCCGGUUUGAACAUUUGGUCAAUGUGGCCUUCCAGACCACACCUUCCCCAAACUUCUUCAUCAGUAUUGACCAACAGGGAGCGCUGGCUGAGAUGGGCUGGUUCCUUUAUCCCACAUUCUCAUUCAUCAACUGGCAGGCACAGUGGUUUGAUUUUCACUCCAGUCUACAGACUAAACUUCACAGUCCUGCCAAAGUUAUCUCUGUCUUUGACAAAGUCCAAAUGCAAGGAGAGAAGGGGGCAGUGGCUGCAGUUGACCUGCCUUUAGACCCGGUGGACUAUGACACCAUGGAGCUGGAUGCAUCUCUGUCCUGUCCUGGCACAAGAGACUCGUCGUGUGCUCCCUGGGAUCACACUGUCCAGCUGUUUGUCUGCUGUGAUCAUCUCAGUCCAUACUGCAACACAGAGCUGGGCCGAUGGAUCACUGCAUUUCGCAGGAGUACAGGGCACUGGCUGACAGACGUGUCACCGCUCAUCCCUCUGCUGGAUGGCAGCAAGUGUACGUUCACUAUGAAGACGGUGCCGUGGGCAAAGCCGUGGAUCGUCUCCCUCAACCUGAGAUUCAGUGUUAGCAAUCAGACUGGUAAUGAAGCUGUGAAGCCCCGCGCCUUCAGGGUGAUGCCGCUGUACAGCGGUGGAACCUUCGACAAAAACUACAACAAGAGAUACCAGCCAAUCAAAUUCCCAGUUCCAGUCUCGACCAGAAAGGUGGAGCUGUAUGCCGUCAUCACAGGACACGGCAGCGACGAGAAUGGCUGUGGAGAGUUCUGCGUCACCUCCCACCACUUCCUGAUCAACGCUGUUUAUAACAACACACGCAUCUUUGACUCUGCAGGAACAGCUCUGGGCUGUGCCAUGAGGGUCAAAGAGGGCGCUGUACCGAAUGAACACGGCACAUGGCUAUACGGCAGAGGAGGCUGGUGUGAUGGACUACAGGUCAACCCCUGGAGGAUCGACAUCACCAAACAGUUGGACAUGAGUGGCUCAGUCUCCAACACCGCCGUCUACUUCGGUUUAUUUGACGGACAGGAUCCUAAUCCGUCUCAACAGCCCGGAUACAUCAUCAUGAAUUCUUUUCUUGUUUUCUACAAAUGAAGCCACUCUGAAACUCUACAUUUUGCUCAAUAAAAUAUGAAACUUUAUGUACAUAAGUCAGAGAUUAAAUCUGUAUUGUUUUUUUUACUGCUUUCUGGACUGUUCCUGUUCCAUUUGCAUGCCAUCAUACUCGUCCACUACAUCUGGCUAAUUGCAUUUUUCUCAAGAUGUUCUCCAGAAGUGACCAAGGAGGCCCUUGUAUAGGCCCUUCAAGCACAUUUCUGUCUUAAGCUGCAGAUGCAUUGUUCCGUUAGCAACCUCUCACGAGUAAUUACAUGUAAUUAUAUCAAACUUGAAGCUGUAGGAUGAACCCUCACUGACUAAUCUUAUUCCUCUGCCGCUAUGGAGACAUGAAUCUUUUUUACUGUUUCACAUAUUCCUUUUCUGUUUUUGUAUUUAAUACAGUAAGUUUAUUGCUGCCAGGACCC